AUGCCACGGCUCGCCACCAUCCUCGGGGCCGUCCUCCUGGCCCUCGUCGGCAUCGCGGCCGGCCACCCGGUGCGCCCCUCGGUCACCGCACGCGCUCACUCGAGCCCCGUCCAUCGCAGCGUCGGUCUUGGUAGGGACACCGUCCGCGAGGACGACAGGCUGGAACGGCGCGACUUCACAUGGGCAAACUCCGAGACGCCCCAGAACCUUUGCGGCGACAGCACCUUCGCCACGAGCGAGGAGGACCAGGGCCCCUUGGUGAGCCACUGCAAGACGUUCCUCGACUACGUCAAGGACAGGGACGGGUUCUGGCUCGUGACGAGGUUCAGCUCGCCGGACUCGUGGGAGGAGUUUGCGCGCGUCGAGUCUUGUGUCGUUGCUGUGCGGCAUACCGAUCGGGUUACUGGGACGAUACCUAUCGGCAACCAGGACGUCAGCGACAUUAUCAAGUCAGUCAUAUCACAGUUUGGCGAGGGCGUUGAGAGGUUGCCAUCUGUACGGGGCAGGAUGGGCUGUGAUCGAGAUCCCUCCUUUGCGGGCGUGGAGUGGAAGGUCUACAAGGCAUAA